AUGGCGCAGACCAGCGGUGGGGAGAAGACCGGGACCGGAGCAGAAGAGGACUCCUGUGUCACCGGCUGCUUCAAGGGCGCAUCUCCGGUGCCUUGCAUCUCAGGUGGCGCCGAAGAUGAGGAGCAGUUCCGAGGUGGCAGAAGCGCCGCAGCCUCAAGGGAUUACACAAUAGUGAAGAAGACAUCCAGUGAGUGUCAGACACCCAGCAGCCGUCCCCGCGUGUCAGGAGAACUGAGCAGGACCCAGAGUCCGAUCAUAGUGCCUCCACCUCGCUUACUGAUACAUGAGAGACACAAUGACCAGAAGAUCUUGGAACUCACCAACAAGAUCAUUCAGCCUCUAACUGGAGAGGAGAGGGGGUAUAUAGAGCAACACAUAGUUCUGUACAAGGACGUGAUGAUGGAGAAUGACCGGCCCCUCACAUCAUUGGAUGGACCCAGUAACAGAGAUACCCCAGAGAGAUGUCCCCGUCCUCUGUAUCCCCAGGAUUGUACAGAGGAGAAUCACAGGACCCCACAGGAGGAUCAGGUUGAAGAUCUGACUAAUCUAGAAGUAGAAGAUAUAGAGGGAGAAGAAGAGAUGUAUGUGACUGAUAUGAAGGCAGAAGAUAUAGAGGGAGAAGAAGAGACGUAUGUGACUGAUAUGAAGGCAGAAGAUAUAGAGGGAGAAGAAGAGACGUAUGUGACUGAUAUGAAGGCAGAAGAUAUAGAGGGAGAAGAAGAGAUGUAUGUGACUGAUAUGAAGGCAGAAGAUAUAGAAGGAGAAGAAGAGACGUAUGUGACUGAUAUGAAGGCAGAAAAUACAGAGGGAAAAGAAGAGACGUAUGUGACUGAUAUGAAGGCAAAAGAAAUAGAGGAAAAAGAGACGUAUGUGACUGAUAUGAAGGCAGAAGAUAUAGAGGAAGAAGAAGAGACGUAUGUGACUGAUAUGAAGGCAGAAGAUAUAGAGGGAGAAGAAGAGACGUAUGUGACUGAUAUGAAGGCAGAAGAUAUAGAGGGAGAAGAAGAGAUGUAUGUGACUGAUAUGAAGGCAGAAGAUACAGAGGGAGAAGAAGAGACGUAUGUGACUGAUAUGAAGGCAAAAGAAAUAGAGGAAGAAGAGACGUAUGUGACUGAUAUGAAGGCAGAAGAUAUAGAUGGAGAAGAAGAGAUGUAUGUGACUGAUAUGAAGGCAGAAGAUAUAGAGGGAGAAGAAGAGACGUAUGUGACUGAUAUAAAGGCAGAAGAUAUAGAGGAAGAAGAAGAGACGUAUGUGACUGAUAUGAAGGCAGAAGAUAUAGAGGGAGAAGAAGAGACGUAUGUGACUGAUAUGAAGGCAGAAGAUAUAGAGGGAGAAGAAGAGACGUAUGUGACUGAUAUAAAGGCAGAAGAUAUAGAGGAAGAAGAAGAGAUGUAUGUGAGGGCUGAUCAGCAGUGUGAGGAGAAAAUCCCUACAGAUGUCAGCAACGAUGAAUGUAACAGAAGAAAUAUAUUGUCUGAACAUCCCAUUGUAUCGCCAGAUUGUGAAAUAGAAGAUAAAGAUAUCACACAAGAUUCUUUGGCAAACGCUGUGAGCCCAAUUAUACAUCCAGAGCUUCAAAGUGCAGAUAUAUCAUCUGUUACCUCUAACCAAGAGGAAUGUUCUCCUGAUACCUCAGAUAUUGGUCCAUCUAUCACAGCUCUUAGAGUAGAUGGGACGUUUCCCAGUUCUGUAGAUGGCAAAUGUUUUACAAAGAGCACAAAGCUUAUUACCCAUCAGCCACGAAAAACAGUUGAGAAACCUUUCCCAUGUACUGAGUGUGAGAAAUGUUUUACACAGAAAUACAACCUAGUUAUACAUCAGAGAAGUCACACAGAUGAGAAACCAUUUACAUGUUCUGAGUGUGGGAAAUGUUUUAAACGCAAAUCAAAUCUUAAUAUGCAUGAGAAAUAUCAUAGAAGUGAGAGACCAUUUUUAUGCUCUGAGUGUGGGAAAUGUUUUACAGAUAAAUCAGCUCUUGUUAAACAUGUGAGAUGUCAUACAGGCGAGAGGCCAUUUAUGUGUUCUGAAUGUGAAAAAUCUUUUAAACACAAAUCUCAACUUGAUGAACAUCAGAAAAUUCACACAGAUGUGAAACCUUUUCCAUGUUCUGAGUGUGGGAAAUGUUUUGCAUGGAAAUCACAUCUUGUUAGACACGAGGUAAGUCACACAGGUGAGAAACCAUUUCCAUGCUCUGAGUGUGGACAGUGUUUUACACGCAAAGCGUAUCUUAUUGUACAUAAGAGAUGUCAUAGAGGUGAGAGACCAUUUUCAUGCUCUGAGUGUGGAAAAUGUUUUGCACAAACAUCAACACUUAUCAGACAUCAGAGACAUCACACAGGUGAGAAACCAUUUUCAUGUUCUGAAUGUGUAAAAUGUUUUAUACACAAAUCACAGCUUGUUACACAUCAGAGAUGUCACACAGGGGAGAAACCAUUUUCAUGUUCUGAAUGUGGGAAAUGUUUUAUACAGAAAUCACAGCUUGUUACACAUCUGAAAUGUCACACAGGGGAGAAGCCAUUUUCCUGCUCUGAAUGUGGGAAAUGUUUUACACACAAAUCAAAGCUUGUUACACAUCAGAGAAGUCACAUGCUUGAGAAACGUUUUUCAUGCUCUGAGUGUGGGAAACGUUUUACAAGAAAACUAAGUCUACUUGGACAUCAGAGAAGUCACAUGGGUGAGAAGCCAUUUUCAUGUUCUGAGUGUGGGAAAUGUUACACUCAUAAAGCAAGUCUUUUUAAACACACAACAAUACAUAAAAAAUGAACUAAAAUGUCACACAGGGGAAAAGCCAUUUUCCUGCUCUGAAUGUGGGAAAUGUUUUACACUUAAAUCACAGCUUGUUGCACAACAGAGCAGUCACACAGGUUAGAAGCAAUUUUCCUGCUCUGAAUGCUGGAAAUGUUUUGCACAGAAAUCAACUCCAUAUUUUUAGAGAGGAUAUUCUAGCGUUACCUGUGACAUCAAAGAUCAUCAGCAGACACAAUCUAAUUAAUAAAGGGAAUAGAACAGUUAUAAAGAGAGGUUAGAAAAAUAAAAUUUGUUUCAUUUGUAUAAAAAAACAAGCCUCAUUGAGGUGACCUAAUUAAUAUGUAUAAAUGUAUUUCUCUGGCAUCCAUAAGGGAUAUUGGGGUUUACUUAUUACGAUGGGGUAUAGAAGGGGUCCAAAGGAGCCGGUGCACUUUAAAUUUCUUCCACUGGGUGUGCUGGCUCCUCCCCUCUAUGCCUCCUCCCACAGGCAGUUUAGAAAAAAGUGCCCUCAGUAGAGGAUGCACACUCUGCUUCUCCAGAGAAUUUUCUUCAGUUUAUUUUAAAAUUUAUUUUCGGUAUUCUGUCCGGACAACAGCAUACCUGCACCGUGGGAGUUAGGGGGGGCGGUUACUGGCCUCUGUAAGGCAUCAGAGCCGCUUCCCCGCUGCAGGACCACCGUCCUCAGAGGUUGUUUGUCCCGCGGGGCAUUGCGCCUUGGCGGUCACAAUCGCAGCACGCCGCACAAACCUGACAUAGUCUGAAGGUGAGAAGAGUGGUGAGUACAUACCGGGGGCCCCACUAGGAGGGUUCCCCGGUUCUUGGUGCAGCAUACGAGAUGCUACACGGGGGGACUCGCUAUAGCCCCCUGUGUACACUGGCAUCAGUAGUGCAAACUAGCAGCCAUUGUGAUGUUUGCACAGUGUAAGGAGACGUUGCCAGUAUAAAAAACCCAUGUAGCUCCGGUGCCAUUACAGGGGGCGGAGCUUACUCAGAGCGGGACCAGCGGCAUUUUGGCAUCUUCCUCUGCACAGCGCUGCAGCAGCAAGGACACACAGCUCCUCCAGACACUCCGGGAUACACAGGAAACUGGUACAGGGGAGUAUAACAAGGGGGAGAGCUACUAUUGUACACAAUCUAGCGUCCUAAAUAGGAUAAGUAAUCCGGUUUCUACUGUGAUAUAAAUAUAUUCAGCCUGCAGAUUUUCAUAGUCUGACAGUCCGGGGUGUGCUGUCUCCCUCUUACUAUGGGUCUCCCUCUUACUCUUGUUAUUGUACUGGUCUGUGUGUGUGGGUGUGUGUGAGUUACUGUCAUUAUGGUCAAACAUGCAGUAUGCAAGGUUUGUCACACCGGAUUCUCCCCUUCUACAACUGGUUCACUAUCGUGUGACCAAUGCAGUCAGUCUUCCCAAGUUAGUCUGGAGACUGGGGGGGUGGGUCAGGAGCCAUCUUGGCUCGGUGCCAUUGAAACUAUGAUGACAGAGAUGUCGUCUCAGCUCAAUGCUAAUAAACAGACAACACAACAACUUCAACAGGCUGUUGCAGACCUUGCUGCUAAGGCUGAUGAAAGGCAGCUUUCCCCCACUAGUUAUGGGCCACUUAAACGUGGGCUCCCUGCUCUACUCUCAGACUCUGAUGAGGAUAUUCAAGAGGAGUGGGAGGAAUUGGAGCCUGAUAUAGAAGAUUCCACUUCCACACAGGGUAUUGAGCCCCUCAUUCUUGCUAUCAGGGAUGUAUUAAAAAUCCCCUUGGAAGACGCUGCUGCACCGCAGUUGUUCUUCCUAGCACAGAAAAAGCUCAGUAUCACCUUCCCUGAUUCUCCGGAACUAGAUGAGGUUUUUCAACAAGCCUGGAAAAAUCCUGAUAAAAGAUAUCAGGUUACAAGGAGGUUUUCUCUUACAUCCUAGAGGAUGCUGGGGUUCCAUUUAGUGCCAUGGGAUAUAGACAGGUCCCUUGGGAGCCAUGGGCACUUUAAGAGUUUAAUAGUCUGGGCUGGCUCCUCCCUCUAUGCCCCUCCUACCAGACAGUUUAGAAAAUGUGCCCGUGGGAGCCGGUCACAGCUAGGGGAGCUCCUUGGGGUUCUUCUGGUUUUGUUUGUUUUCUAAGAGUACCUCUUUAUAUCGGGCGCUAAUAGUAUUCUCUGUUAAAAAACAUUUUGAAUAUAGUAAAACUCAGCUGCAAAAAGUUAAUGACCUGGGGUUAACAGGUCAAAUAAAUUACACUGGACCACCCAAGUGCAAUUAACCACAAAACUCCAAUUUGAAAAAACUCUUGCGC